AUGGCAACAACAACCGCCGUUCUGAUUCUAUGCAUCUCUGCGGUGGCGAUGUACGCAGGACUCGUCGAUUCAGCCCACCACACCGGGGCUCCAGCGCCAGCGGCGGACUGCUCAACAGUGAUACUGAACAUGGCUGAUUGCCUGUCGUACGUGACGGCCGGAAGCACGGUGAAGACGCCGGAAGGAACAUGUUGCUCAGGUCUUAAAUCGGUGCUGAAAACAGACGCACAGUGUUUGUGUGAAGGAUUCAAAAACAGUGCGCAAUUGGGCAUAUCAUUGAAUGUCACCAAAGCCCUAGCUCUACCCACUGCUUGCAAUAUCAAGGCUCCAUCUGUUACUAACUGUGGAAUGAGUCUCGGUACUGCUUCUGCUCCUGUUCAAGCACCAAUGGCAAUGGGUGAAGCUCCAACUGUGGCGGCGGGUGGUCUUGCUCCGGCACCGGCGUUGGGAAGCUCAAACUCAGCCGGGAUAGGAAUGUCAACCGGGUCGGUUUUUAUCAGUAUGGUACUAGCGGUUUACUUUUAUUAAUUUAUUUGAAGGUUUAUGAUGAUUUAUUUACUAGUAGUUGAUGGAAGUGAGUUUUUUUUUGAGAGGUGAGGGUAUGGAGUACUUAGAUGUGCUAAAUAUGUGUUUUAUUUGUAGAUGGCUAUCGACUUAUUUAUGUUUCUUGAUGUACUUUUAGUGGCUACCACCAUUUUAUUGGUAUUUUACUUAUUUAUUUGU